GGUCGGUAUGCGGUUAAGGGGACAGCUGCUCUGGCCCUGAAAUAGCCCGGCUUUGCCAAGGCAGCGGGAACCCCAACGAUCAUUCCAAUCGGCUCGACUCCUUCAUAUGCACAACAUCCACCGCUCACAUGCGAAGCACACACGAACAGAGAGGAUUUAGAUGGCCCGUGACAAGUUUUAAACAUUCAUGAUGUGAACGUGUUAGUAUAUGCCCCGAUGGUGAAGUGAUGGAUGACCAAGAAAAGCAAGGGGACUCUGUAAAACGACGUCACCUGGUGUCGUCACUGGGCCUCUUCUUCACCUGCCUCACAUGCGUGUUGCUACUGCUCUUCGCAGCCACAGGUCUGCUGGAUGAAGAUUUUCUUAAAUAUGGCUUCAGUAUCACAAGCGCAAACGGUGAUACGGAGCAAGGACAGGACUCUUGGAUCGCCCCUCCACUUAACGGUGGUUUGGAAACUCAGGACAAUGAGUCGGCUGGGAGUGGUGAGGGAGAGUCAGGACUGGAAGAUGGCAGAGCAGACGAUGGUGUUGAUUUUCAUUCUGGAGACGGUCUCAAUCUUCCCAUUGUCCCUAACAGGACCUCCGACACAUUUUUAAUGUCGAUAGAAACUGCAAUGGCAACAUUACAUUCCACAGUAGAUUCAGAACUCUCGUUAGCUCAAAACACCGAUGUAGAUGGUUCAGGUUCUUCGCAGGAAACUUAUUCUGGAGAAAUGAGCGAUGUUUUAUUCGAAGGUUCAAAUGAAAUUCAUGUUCCAUACAGCGAUGAACUCUUUGGAUAUAGUGGGAAAAUAGAUCUUAGUAACUACGUUUUAAGUGAGACACAAUUCGGUGAAGACGACUCUUAUCAUAUGCGCCAAAAUUUUGGAGACGCUCACGAUGAGACUGAAGACAUUCCUGAUGGUGAGACCCAAGAAAUAAGAGACGUUGACAGCAUAACGAGACAAAACGUGGCGGUGCCUUUUGUGCCUGACUUUAUGAAUCUUAAAAAAUCUCAUGUCGUGGAAACUGAAAAACCAAGUCACGUAAACGAUGUGUCAGGUCUUAAUGAAAUAUUUGACAGCUCAACAUCAAUGCCUGUCAAGCAUUCCCCACCUUUGCUGGAUGCUCGGAACCGAGAGAGCACCCCUGCCAUGAACCCUUGGCCCCAGACUUUAGAGGCUUUCGAUGAAGACGUGAAUCAUGUGAGGCCAAGUGUGGCCCCAACAUCGACAAAUGCAUGGACCACCGCAUUUCCUUCUAUUCCAGAGAUAAUUGCAUCACUGGUAACGAAAAAGCCCUUUUUCAUAAAGAGUCAUCAAGUUGUGUGCACUCCGAUCACCUCAAGCGAGUGUGGGAUGCUUCCCUACGCGGAAACCAUCAUGGCUGCCCUGCCUCCCGUCGACCUCAGGCUCCUCAUCACCUUCUUCCAGGAUCUGCAGCAGCUUGGAUGCUACCGCCAUAUGCUGUCUUUCGGCUGCGCAGUGGUGCAUCCACAGUGUUUGCCUCAAAGCCUGCCGGUUCUGCCCUGCAUGUCCUACUGUGACGCUGCCCGCUCCAGCUGCGAGAGGGCCUUCACUCAAGUUGGGCUCGGGUGGCCAGAGUUCCUCAGCUGCUCCCACUUUCACAAUGACAGCUCCGUUGCCGGCGCAGCUGAUGAGCACAACGCCUGCUUGGCUGCCCCUCAAGAAGUCAGCGAGGAAGUGGGUCCGUGCCUUGCACAGGGAGGCUUCUGGUGCAGUUCAAGGCUCUGCAUCUCCAAGAAGCUGGUCUGCAACGGCUACAACGACUGUGGUGACUGGAGUGAUGAGAAGCUCUGUUCGUGCGGAGCCGGAGAAUUCCGCUGUGGCACGGGCCGAUGCGUCUCGCUCUCCCAGCGCUGUGAUGGCUUCAACGAUUGUGGGGACCUCAGCGACGAGACUGCCUGCCAUUGCGACAACGCGGUGUGGUUCCGCUGCGGAGACGGAGUGUGCGUGAGCCGCGCCUGGGUGUGCGAUGGAGAUGCCGACUGCUCCGACAGAUCCGAUGAGCUGAACUGCACGUGCAAGAGCCAUGGCAUGCGGGAGUGUGAUGGCGGGUUGUGCAUCCCUCCCUCGUACCUGUGUGAUGGGGAGAGGGACUGUGAGGAUGGGCGCGAUGAGGAAGGUUGUGGUCCAGCGUCACCUUGCACGCACGAGAGCCGGUUGUGUGACGGGAUUCCUGACUGCCCAGACAUGCGAGAUGAGCUCGACUGCAACCUGUGUGAACCAAUCACCCUGGAGUGGUGCCUGAACCAGCCUUAUAACGCCACGGGUUUCCCUAACGCCCUGGGACACGGCACGCAGGCCGCCGCUGCUGCCAGCUGGGAGGCCGAGCUUCUGCAGGCGCUAACCCAUACCGCCUGCCAUCCGCACAUGACCUUCCUCAGCUGCGCGCUGCUCCUGCCAAAAUGCAAGCCCAACUCCAGCCACAAAAUACUUCCCUGCCGGUCCCUGUGUGAGGAGGUGCGAGGCAGCUGCGAGAGGCACCUCUUGGCCGUCGGCUUGAGCUGGCCCCCUGAGGCCGAAUGCGGGCGUCUGUCUCAGUGGGGGUCGCCGGAUGCGUGCCUCCUGCCAGACGCCAACAACGCGGACGCCCGGUGCUCUCCGCUGCUGCAUUUCCGCUGCGCCUCGGGCCACUGCGUGUCCGCCGCCCGGCGCUGCGACUCGCGCAGCGACUGCGAGGAUGCGAGCGACGAGCAGGACUGCGAGUGCGCUCAGAGAGGGAUGUGGGAAUGCUUCUCCGACAAGAGCUGCAUCAAUCUCGACAUGCACUGCGAUGGCUUCCCGGACUGCCGGGAUGAGGAAGAUGAGAAAUUUUGCUCCCAGUGUGAGGUGGAGGAGGUGGCCUGCCUGAACCACCAGUGUGUCCCGCAGAGGGCCUGGUGUGACGGCGAGAGACACUGUGCAGACGGAUCUGACGAAUGGGACUGUGUGGGGAUGUCGGACCACAACGCAGAGGUGACGCCUGGUCCCCGGAGCGCGCUGCUCGUCCACAGACACGCACAGUCGCGCGGGGUCUGCGCGGACGGGUGGAGUGUGGCGCUCAGCCACUUGGCCUGCGCUCAGAUGGGUUUCUGGGGCGAGGCAGACACCCACUUUCUUCAAAGGGCAGUGAGGAAGAAAUUAUUGCCUCCUCUGCACCUGACACCUGGAUGGCAUCAGACAAACACCAGCACCGUUCAGGCCGCCCUGGCAGAGGGGGUUCCAUGUGACAGCGAGAGCAUAGUGUCUGUUAUCUGCCACAGAAAUGACUGUGGCCGGCGCUCAACGUCGUCGCCGCGACGCAUGAGCAAGAGAAUCCUGGGCGGCCGAGCGAGCCGCGAGGGGCGCUGGCCAUGGCAAGGCUCGCUGCGCACCGCGCUGAGGCCCCACUCCUGCGGCUGCACUCUCAUCCACCGCAGAUGGGCGCUCACGGGGGCACACUGCUUCACGCGGCAACAUGACCCGGAGGCCUGGACGGCCGUGUUUGGGGUGAACAACCUGGGGCACCUGUCGGCAUUCCGGCAGGAGAGGAAAGUGCGGCGCAUCAUCCGCCACGAGCGCUUCAGCGCACGCACCCUGGACUACGACGUGGCGCUCGUGGAGCUGCGGGAGGAGGUGUGGGAGAGCCCCCACGUGCAGCCCGCCUGCCUCCCGCACAGGGGUGUCGGCGUGCCAGAUGACACCUACUGCGUCAUCACGGGCUGGGGAGUCACCAGCGCCAAGGUUGUCCCGUCUAAGCUGCAGGAGGGCGAGGUGAGGAUCAUCUCACCCAGCGCCUGCCAGGGCUUCUUCCCCCUGCGCCCGCUCACGCCGCGUAUGCUGUGCGCCGGCUACGAGGCGGGCUCCGUCGACUCCUGCAUGGGUGACAGCGGGGGCCCACUGGUGUGCGAGGAGACCGACCGGCGCUGGACGCUGUACGGCCUGACCUCGUGGGGCUCCGUGUGCUCCUCCAAGUCGGUGGGACCGGGCGUCUACACCAACGUGACGCAGCUCCUGGGCUGGAUCGAGAGGCACAUCUUCCUGCACACUUUCUUUUAAACAAAAAAGAAACGACAGCUGAUCCUAGGAGGAGAAUGGCCGUUGAGGGCCUCAAGUUUUUAUUUUAUUUCGCUCGUUAUAUUCGUCACCCCCCCCCCCCCGCCACCUUGGUUAGAGAAGGAACCCGGUUGGUGCACCAAAACUAGCCCCCGUUCAGGGAGGAAGGACUACCCAGAGGGCGCAAUCCCUGGACACACAGCAAGCCUUACUCUGGAAUGUUCGUGUGCCCUCUGUUAUGGCUGUUGAUCCGGGUCCGUAUGUGUACCGUGAUUAAUCGGAGGUGCAGGGGAAGGACAACAAACUAAAACACAAAAAACUGUUUGAACGAUAUGGCUUUUCAAUUAAAAAAAAAUAUAUAUAUAAAGCAGGUGACGCAGUGUACCGCUGCGGUUAGCUGGACGCGCAGCCGAGUAUAUAACGAUAUUUAUCAUUGAUAGCCAUUUUAGAUCUAAUGCUGGAUGAAAGAGUCCCCAUGUCACCUGAUGAUGACGUAUGAAUCAACGAUGGCACCGAGCCAGACAUGGAAUGAGAUGGUUUAUUGUAAGGAAUGCGCGUAGAGAAGCUUAUAUUAAGGUACAUAAAUAUAAACAAUGCUCACAUAAUUGUUGUCAUGGCAGCUACCAAAUAUUGUACGAUAAUAUGUAUUUUUUAAAUAUAAGUAAUAGUGUGUUUCCAACCACAUUUCAAGAUACUAUAUAUAUAUCAUUAACACAAUUCCCAACGAAUUUUUUUUAUAUAUUGGCAAGAAUAAUUAAUGGUGUAUUAGUUUUAGCAAAAAAAUGUGAGAAUUUUAAGUCACCGAUUUGUGUUAAUUGCUUGCUAGAUAUGGAGCGUUGCUGAAUCUCCAAUGAACUCUUGUAAAAUAUCUUCUCAUUGUUGGAAUGUGCACAUAAUACAGGGCCUUUCAAUGCGAUUAGAAUGUACAUGCUUAAACGGAGAUAGCAUCCAUCCCUUCACGCGUAUACAUAUCAUGCGUAGUGUGCUGUUGCCCGCACCAAAUCAGUUAUAUAUAUGCUCUUAUAUAAUAGUAAUGCCCUUUAUUUAUCCAGGAACACCUCAACAUUUCUCAAGGCUUUUUCAGGAGGGCCCCGCUUUGGGUGUUUGCUUCACCUGAGGAAAAUGGGGUACACCCACGCACAGGCACAAGCGGGCAACACGCUAGAAUCCGUACCGCUUGCUCCACGAAUUGCUUGCUGUGCUGCCGUAAAGAGGCCAGCGCGUAGCUCGGUGGGUUGUGUUGUCCUCUUCACUGGUGUUUUUUUUUACAGGAAAUGCUCACGUUUAUUUUAUGUUCGCCCACACUGAGCACGCGCUUCUGAAGCUGUGCAAUUUUAUGGCGUCACAAGAAGCCACGGAAAAAAUUACAAGCGCAAGUGUAAAAAUUCAAACAACUUUAUUCUACAAAAUAUAUUAUUUUUUAUUACACAUGCAGAUUUGGAUGCGUAAACCAGUUUUGGAUCAACAGUUAACAUUCCAUAAAAUUACUUUAACGCAACAGUGACUGUAAAACCAUUUUCCUUGUAAACUUAGUGUUUAUAAAGGUCAACAAAUCUCCAGUACAGAAAACCCAACAUAUUGCCAAUUUCAUUUCAUAUAAAACCCUUAAUAUUGUUUAAAAAACUUUGUUUCAUUUAAGCACAAUAUUACACAAACAGUAAUCCUUCAUUGUAAACAUUAUUCAUAAGCAUUCUGAAGCUUCAAAUGCACCAGAACUCUUUUGUUUUUUACAUUUUACCGCCAUUGGCGGUUUCAUGAAUCACAGUGACAAAUAUACAAAGAAGUCCUCCAAAUAAAAUUAAUAUUUGAUCCCA